CCAUAUUCUAACGAUCGGUCGGGUUCGGUCCCCAAUAAACCAUUUGUUCCCAUAAUCGCUUCAGCUUAAAGUCCCAUCAAACGGCUAUCCUUGUGGCAAUAAGCGUUAAAAGGCACGCAACAGUUUCGAAGCCCAAAAGCCACCAAGUUGCGGCUAAUAAUGCCGCGAUCAAGCUAGGAACCCCCGUCCAAAGUAAUCUUAAACUGAAUUAUUGUGGAUCAUACAAAAUGAGACCCAGAAAGGGGUUACACCUGCUGCUGACGGCCCUGGUGGCCAGUCUAUGUCUCGCUAAAAUUAAUGGUCAAACCACCUGCAAGAACGGCUUAGGCCGAGUGCUCUACGAGAGAUUGCCCAACCAGCAGCUGCAGGGCUACGAUGACGACGUGGUGAGGGACACGGCGCCGCCAUUUCGGGUGCUGGAGAAGUGCCAGGACUUGUGUCUGCGGGAUAGGUCUGGCUCCAACAACCUGGUGCGCACCUGCACCAGCUUUGACUUCCAACCAGGCAGUAGGAUCACCUCCUUCGGGGGAAACUCCGAGUACGAAGAGUCGCUGUGCUAUCUCACCUCCGAGCAGGCGGGUCCCGAGGGCAUUGGCAGCCUAAUGCUGGUGCCCAAUAGUGUGCACUUUAACGAGAUCUGCUUGACUUCCAGUCGCCCGGAGAGAGAGUGUCCCAGUAGAAGAUACGUAUUCGAGCGGCAUCCCCGCAAGAAACUAAAGCUGCCCAUAAGCGACAUCAAGGAGAUCACGGCUGCGAAUCGCUCGGACUGUGAGGACAAGUGCCUGAAUGAGUUCUCCUUCGUUUGUCGAUCGGCCAACUUUGACUCCACCAUGCGAUCCUGCACCCUGAGCAGAUUCACCCGUCGCACCCAUCCCGAGCUGAUGGAAGACGAUCCCAACUCCGAUUACCUGGAGAACACCUGCCUAAAUGCUGAGAGGCGAUGCGAUGGACUGGCCGUUUUUGUCAAGGAGGAGAACAAGCGCCUGGGUGGCCCCUUCGAGGUGGACAUAUUCAAUAACAUGACGCUGGAGGAGUGCCAGACCAUGUGCCUGCGGGCCGAGAAAUACUUUUGCCGCUCCGUGGAGUUUGACGACCAGAGCAAACAGUGCAUCCUCUCCGAGGAGGACUCCAUCUCGCAGAAGGAUGACAUUAGCAUCAGCUCCAGUCCCACACACCAUUUCUAUGAUCUCGUGUGCCUCGAUAAUCAACGAGCCAACGAUUAUCCAGAUAACUCAGUCACCUCGCACCUCUUCUCCAGCGGCCGGCGGCCAGAUACAGCAUUCCAGCGGUACCGCAACUCCAGGCUGGGCGGCGAGUUUCACUCCGAGAUCACGGGCCGUUCGCUGAGCGAGUGCCUGGACGAGUGUCUUCGCCAGACGAGCUUCCAGUGCAGGUCUGCUGUGUACAGCGAUCGUUUUCGUACUUGUCGCCUGAGUCGGUACAAUCAAAAGGACGGCAUGCGCAUUAUAUACGAUGCUGAUUAUGAUUACUACGAGAAUCUAAUGUUGAAUGUGGUGGGCGGAGGCGCCGAUGGCGAUGGCAGUGGCCACAGUGGCAGCAGCGAUGGCAAGCGACCCGGGGAUCAGUCGGGCAGCAACUGGAGACAGCCUAAUAAGCACGACGAUCGCUACGGGUCGGGUGGGUCAACUGGCGGAGGUGGUUCGCACGGCGGGACGGGUUCUGGUGGCUCGAGAUUGCCUCCAGGCGAGGGCGUCGACUAUGGCAGGCCAUACGAUCGUUAUCCGGACUUUGCGGGCAAUGAAUAUGAUCGCAAUCCUUAUGGCGGAGCUGGCGGAGAUCGCGAUAGGGAACGCUAUCCCCCAGAUCGUUAUGGCUCCCGAUAUCCCACUGGAGGCGAUGGAAUGGGCUACAACAGACCCUAUGAUCGCUAUCCUGACGAUUAUGAUCGGUACCCAGCGGGUGUCAAUGGCGAUAGAGACCGCGAUCGGGAAAGGGAUCGGGAUCGGGAUCGGUAUCCAAGCGUUGGCGAUAGAGAUCGCUACCCAGGUACUGGCGACAGGGAUCGCUACCCAGGCGUUGCUGACAGAGAUCGGUACCCAGGGGAUAGGGAUAGAGAUCGCUAUCCAGACCCUUAUCCGCCGGAGCGUUAUGCGGACAGAUAUGGAGAUCGGCGCUAUCCGGACAGGGAAAGAGAUCGUGAUCGCGACAGGUUGCCCUACCGGCCACUGCCCUAUUCCGGAAUCAAUGACAACAGUCUGGCCAGUGAUUUGCCGCACACCCGACCCUAUCCCACCGACGAUGAUGCUCCCUUCCGUCCGUAUGGAGGAUACGGAGGCGGUCGCUAUGGAGAAAACAGAUACGACAGUCGUUAUCCUCCUCGAUUUCCUCCUGGCCGCGAACGAGAUCCCGUGGGCGGUUAUACGGGCCGAGAUGCUCCCGACAGCAUUUUCCCGGACAGACGGUACCGGCCUUCGUCCAUGGAUUCACCAAGAUAUCCAUAUCUGCCCGACUCACGGGGACCACCGGGAAGAUACGAUGAUAUCGUACACAGUGCCCGGAGACCCGAACCCGACUCGGCCAAGCGAUAUCCACCGGCGCCCAUUGCUCCCACUGGCAGUGCCAGCAAGUACGCCUCCACUCCGAACCGGUUUCCGGUAGGUAACGAUCGUUAUCCCAUUGACAUCUACAAAUACGGCAAUCGUCCGGGAGCCAAUGAUCUUGGCAGGCGACCGGGUCUAAAACGUCCACCCCCUCCCUUCUAUGACUACGACUACGAGGAGCGCUAUGGCGAUAGGUACGGACCUUAUGAUCGGGAGUACGAUGGUCCGCCGGGCAGAAGGCCCCCCAGUGGCGGACCCUAUGGACGCUACGAUAGUCCCUUCAAUCGACCCUAUGGUGGUAAUGGCCUAGACGAUCGUCCCCUUCCAUUGCCUGGGCUAGGUCUCUCGCAUCCACCCACUCCCUAUGGAGGCGGAGGAGGGCAUGUCGGUGUGGGCGUGGGUGUCAACUCGGGUCCACCGCGUCCUCCGAUCACCCGCUGCGAGGAGAGCGAUAACUUCAAGCAGAUAGCCGCCAGGCACAAGAUGCGUCGUCACUUUGUGCGCCGAGCUCUGAUCGUCCCCAGCCUCAUCCAGUGCGAGAGGGAGUGCAUCGAGAGCCGGGACUUUGUGUGCCGCAGCUUCAACUACAGAGACUCGGCCGCCUCCAGCUACGAGGACAGAGAUAGGGAUCGGGAUCGCGAGUCGCCGAACUGCGAGCUAAGCGACAGAGACUCACGGGAGCUGGACAUCCACGAUCCGGGCACCUUCGACGCCUCCAACUAUGACUUCUACGAGCGCAGCAUCGGACGCAGUGAUGGCGAGUGCAUGGACGUCACGCAAACGUGUAACGAGGAGGGCAUGGAGUUCACCAUCCGAACGCCGGAGGGCUUCGUGGGACGGAUAUACACCUAUGGAUUCUAUGAUCGCUGCUUCUUCCGUGGAAAUGGAGGCACCGUCAACGUACUGAGGCUCAGCGGACCCCAGGGAUAUCCCGACUGUGGAACCCAGCGGUACGGCGACACUUUGACCAACAUAGUGGUGGUUCAGUUCUCGGACAAUGUGCAAACGAGCAGGGAUAAGCGCUACAAUCUGACCUGCAUCUUCCGCGGUCCAGGAGAGGCGGUGGUCAGCUCUGGCUACAUCGGAGCAGGGUCCGGCAGUCCCAUUCCCAUAGAGUAUCUGCCAGCCGAGAACACGCUCAGUUCCAAGGUGCGCCUGAGUAUCCUGUACCAAGGCAGACCCACUACCACCAUAGCUGUGGGCGAUCCUCUGACCUUCCGGCUGGAGGCUCAGGAUGGCUACAACCACGUGACCGACAUAUUUGCCACAAACGUGGUGGCCCGGGAUCCCUACUCCGGACGCAGUAUCCAAUUGAUUGAUCGCUUUGGCUGCCCAGUAGAUCCGUUCGUGUUCCCUGAACUGGACAAACUGCGCGAUGGUGACACCUUGGAAGCCCGCUUCAAUGCCUUCAAGAUACCCGAGUCCAACUUCCUGGUCUUUGAGGCCACCGUCCGCUCAUGUCGCGAAGGAUGCCAGCCUGCCUACUGUCCUGGACCAGCGGGUCGUCAGGAGCCCUCCUUUGGUCGCCGUCGAAGAUCUCUGAACACCACCGAAGAACCCGAACCAGAGGCGCUGGCUCUGGAGGGCAGUAACCAACUGGAGGCUUCCACUAUGGACGAGGUGACCGUGGUAAACAGCACCACAGUGAGCGCUACUCUGGGACAAGCUCCUGGAAACGAUACCCAACCGGGAGAGAAGACCAAGGAGACUGAGGAGCCGGAACAAGUGCGGGAAAUGAUCGAGGUCUUUGAAACCCGCGAGGAAAUCGAGAAGGAGUCGUAUCCCCGCAAGCUCGUGGCCCCGGUGGAAACGGUGUGCAUGACUCCGGCCGAGUAUCAUGGCCUGAUCACAGCCAUUAUACUGCUAAUGAUCCUGCUAUUCAGCAUCACGCUGGUGGCUGGUCUGGGAUACAGACGCUACUGGAAAUCAAUCUCCAAGAACCGACUGGUGGACCGACACUCGCCGAUCCAUUCGCUCGGACACUCCCAUUCCUCCAUACGCACUCACGAGCGCUUCACCGAGAUCGGACAUAUGCCCAACCUGACUGGCGGCGGGGGAGGUGGAGGCGGUGGAGCCGGAGGAACUGGGGGCGGAGCCAAUCAGAGCGCAUCGAAUCGGGCCUCAAACGCUUUUCGCACCAACAUGUCCAUGUUCGGCGGCUCAUUACACAAGACAUUUGCCACGGGCAACUUGGCGCGCAUGUGCCAGCUGCCAGUGAUAAAUCCCAUGCGCACCACCAACCAGGGUAGCCACCAGUUCGAGGAUCCCAGCGAGCCCAUCUACACGGAUCCCUCGCUCUUCGAGCGUUCCAGGCAAGUGGAGGCCCAUAAUAUAACUGAUCCGCAGAAAGAAGAGUCCCCGACCACCUAUCGCAAUUAUCGCUGCGAAGUCUGACCAUGGUGGCCGAGUCCGAAGACAACCAGGAGGUCUGAGAUCCAAACUCCCGUCCUCCUGUGAUUAGUUGUAAAUAAGCUAAAGGUUCUGAACUCCAGUUAAUCAAAGACAACCCGACCAAUAUCUAGACGCUAGCUGAAUGCGUGGCAGCCUCGAAUAUUCGAUGGUCCAUCAAGUAGCCUAAGAAUCGCACCGCUGACCAGUAUCCAAACAUUAUGAUCUUAUGCUAUUUAACAUAGUUUAUCUAAGCCUAACAACAGAAAACACAAUUAUUCGCUAUACCAGCUAAGAUAUGAAAUGCAAUAAAGCCUAAACUUAUCCAUA